AUGGAAAAUUACAAUCAAACUUCUACUGAUUUCAUCUUAUUGGGGUUAUUCCCACCAUCAAGAAUUGGACUGCUCUUCUUCAUUCUCAUUGUUCUCAUUUUCCUAAUGGCUCUCUUUGGCAACCUGUCCAUGAUCCUUCUCAUCCUCCUGGACACUCAUCUUCACACACCUAUGUAUUUUCUACUUAGUCAGCUCUCCCUCAUGGACCUGAACUACAUCUCCACCAUUGUCCCCAAGAUGGCAUCCAAUUAUCUCUCUGGAAACAAAUCGAUUUCUUUCAUUGGGUGUGGAGUUCAGAGCUUCUUCUUCUUGACUUUAGCUGGUGGAGAAAGUUUACUAUUGGCUUCCAUGGCCUAUGAUCAUUACGUGGCUAUUUGCUUUCCUCUCCACUAUGCCAUUCGUAUGAGCAAAAGAGUGUGUGUGCUGAUGAUAAUGGGAUCUUGGAUCAUGGGCUCAAUCAACUCCUGUGCUCACACUGCAUAUAUUCUCCAUCUCCCUUAUUGCCAGUCUAGAGCCAUCAACCACUUCUUCUGUGAUGUUCCAGCCAUGGUGAAUCUGGCCUGCAUGGACACCUGGGUCUAUGAGUACACAGUGUUUGUAAGCACCACCCUCUUCCUUGUGUUUCCCUUCAUUGGCAUUGCAUGUUCCUAUGGCUGGGUCCUCCAUGCCAUCUGCCGCAUGCAGUCAACAGAAGGGAGGAAGAAGGCCUAUUCAACCUGCAGCACCCACCUCACUGUGGUGACUUUCUACUAUGCACCCUUUGUUUAUACUUAUCUACGCCCUGGAUCCCUCCGAUCACCAACAGAGGACAAGAUUCUUGCUGUCUUCUACACCAUACUGACCCCCAUGCUGAACCCUAUCAUCUACAGCUUGAGAAACAAGGAAGUGAAUAGGGCUCUGAGAUGA